GGGGAGCUCCUAGCAUCCCGUGCACUUGCGGCCUGCGGCUGUCCCUGCAGAGCUGUUCGCCGACCGGGGCCCGCAGGAACCUGCCACCGGCGCCUCCCACCGCGGCCCACGCGGGCGGCGCGCGGAGGAGGGGGCGGGGGUAGCGGCGGCUGUAGCGGCCGCGACCUGGGCGGGCGGAGGAGUGUGACGGGCCUUAGGGCCGCUGUGGAUGGUUUCUAAAAUGAUCAUUGAAAACUUCGAGGCACUCAAGUCCUGGCUCAGCAAGACUCUCGAGCCCAUCUGUGAUGCAGAUCCAUCUGCCCUAGCAAAAUAUGUUCUGGCUUUGGUAAAGAAAGACAAAAGUGAAAAAGAGUUAAAGGCAUUAUGUAUUGAUCAGCUGGACGUAUUUCUUCAGAAAGAGACACAGAUAUUUGUGGAAAAACUUUUUGAUGCUGUGAAUACAAAGAGUUACCUACCUCCUCCAGAGCAGCCAUCAUCAGGAAGCCUGAAGGUAGAAUUUUUCCCGCACCAAGAAAAAGAUAUAAAGAAAGAAGAGAUCACUAAGGAGGAAGAGCGAGAGAAGAAGUUUUCUAGAAGGCUAAAUCACAGUCCUCCGCAGUCAAGCUCCCGAUACAGGGAAAAUAGAAGCCGUGAUGAGAGGAAAAAAGAUGAUCGUUCUCGCAAAAGAGAUUAUGAUCGAAACCCUCCUCGAAGAGAUUCAUACAGAGACCGGUACAAUAGAAGACGAGGGCGAAGUCGCAGUUACAGCAGAAGUCGAAGUCGAAGUUGGAGUAAAGAGAGGCUUCGUGAAAGGGACAGAGAUAGAAGCAGGACUAGAAGCAGAAGCAGAACACGAAGCAGGGAAAGGGAUCUGGUAAAACCUAAAUAUGACCUGGAUAGAACAGAUCCAUUAGAAAAUAAUUAUACUCCAGUCUCUUCGGUACCUAGUAUUUCAUCUGGCCACUACCCUGUACCUACUUUGAGCAGCACUAUUACAGUAAUUGCUCCUACUCAUCAUGGUAACAACACUACCGAAAGUUGGUCUGAAUUUCAUGAAGACCAGGUGGACCAUAACUCUUACGUAAGACCACCCAUGCCAAAGAAACGGUGUAGAGACUAUGAUGAAAAGGGUUUUUGUAUGAGAGGAGACAUGUGUCCUUUCGAUCAUGGAAGUGAUCCAGUGGUUGUAGAAGAUGUGAAUCUUCCUGGUAUGCUGCCUUUCCCAGCACAGCCUCCUGUGGUGGAAGGACCACCUCCUCCUGGACUCCCCCCACCUCCACCAAUUCUUACACCCCCACCUGUGAAUCUCAGGCCCCCAGUGCCACCUCCAGGUCCAUUGCCACCCAGUCUCCCACCUGUUACAGAUGAUAUUUCUUAUUCUUUGGUUUUGACAGGACCACCACCUCCACUUCCUCCUUUGCAGCCAUCUGGCAUGGAUGCUCCUCCAAACUCUGCAACCAGUUCUGUUCCUACUGUAGUAACAACUGGCAUUCAUCACCAGCCUCCUCCUGCUCCACCCUCUCUUUUUACUGCAGUUUUUGUAUUACCAGAUACAUAUGACACAGAUGGCUACAAUCCUGAAGCCCCAAGCAUAACAAACACUUCCAGACCCAUGUAUAGACACAGAGUGCAUGCACAAAGGCCCAACUUGAUAGGACUAACAUCAGGGGAUAUGGAUUUGCCACCCAGAGAAAAGCCUCCUAAUAAAAGCAGUAUGAGGAUAGUAGUGGACUCAGAAUCAAGGAAAAGAACCAUUGGUUCUGGAGAGCCUGGAGUUCCUACAAAGAAGACUUGGUUUGAUAAACCAAAUUUUAAUAGAACAAACAGCCCAGGCUUUCAGAAGAAGGUUCAAUUUGGAAAUGAAAAUACCAAACUUGAACUUAGAAAAGUUCCUCCAGAAUUAAAUAAUAUCAGCAAACUUAAUGAACAUUUUAGUCGAUUUGGAACCUUGGUUAACUUACAGGUUGCUUAUAAUGGUGAUCCUGAAGGUGCCCUUAUCCAAUUUGCAACAUACGAAGAAGCAAAGAAAGCAAUAUCAAGUACGGAGGCGGUAUUAAACAAUCGCUUUAUUAAGGUUUAUUGGCACAGAGAAGGAAGCACCCAGCAGUUGCAAACUACUUCUCCAAAGGUAAUGCAGCCUUUAGUCCAGCAGCCCAUUUUGCCUGUUGUGAAGCAAUCAGUCAAAGAGCGGCUGGGUCCAGUACCUUCAAAUACUAUUGAACCUGCAGAAGCCCAGAGUGCCACUUCAGACCUUCCUCAGAAUGUAACUAAGUUAUCUGUGAAGGACAGGUUGGGUUUUGUAUCAAAGCCAUCUGUUUCAGCAACUGAAAAGGUGUUGUCUACAUCUACUGGCCUAACAAAAACAGUGUAUAAUCCAGCUGCUUUGAAGGCUGCACAAAAAACCUUACUUGUUUCCACCUCUGCAGUUGAUAAUAAUGAAGCACAGAAAAAAAAACAGGAGGCAUUGAAACUUCAGCAGGAUGUAAGGAAAAGGAAACAAGAAAUUUUAGAAAAGCACAUUGAAACACAGAAGAUGUUAAUUUCAAAACUGGAGAAAAACAAAACAAUGAAGUCUGAAGAUAAAGCAGAAAUAAUGAAAACUUUAGAGGUUUUGACAAAAAAUAUUACCAAGUUGAAAGAUGAGGUCAAAGCUGCUUCUCCUGGGCGCUGUCUUCCAAAAAGUAUAAAAACCAAGACUCAGAUGCAGAAGGAAUUACUUGACACAGAACUGGAUUUAUAUAAGAAGAUGCAGGCUGGAGAAGAAGUCACUGAACUUAGGAGAAAGUAUACAGAAUUACAGCUGGAAGCUGCCAAGCGAGGGAUUCUUUCAUCUGGUCGGGGCAGAGGAAUUCAUUCAAGAGGUCGAGGUGCAGUUCAUGGCCGAGGCAGGGGGCGAGGGCGAGGACGAGGUGUGCCUGGUCAUGCUGUGGUGGAUCACCGUCCCAGGGCAUUGGAGAUUUCUGCAUUUACAGAGAGCGAUAGAGAAGAUCUUCUUCCUCAUUUUGCGCAAUAUGGUGAAAUUGAAGAUUGUCAGAUUGAUGAUUCUUCACUUCAUGCAGUAAUUACAUUCAAGACAAGAGCAGAAGCUGAAGCAGCUGCAGUUCAUGGAGCUCGUUUCAAAGGGCAAGAUCUAAAACUGGCAUGGAAUAAACCAGUAACUAAUAUUUCAGCUGUUGAAACAGAAGAAGUUGAGCCUGAUGAAGAAGAAUUUCAGGAAGAGUCUUUGGUGGAUGACUCAUUACUUCAAGAUGAUGAUGAAGAAGAAGAGGACAAUGAAUCUCGUUCUUGGAGAAGAUGAUUUGACUGAUCAUUGAUCUACAUAUGCUAGAACUCUACCUGUGUUUCAUUAGUAUUAUCUAAUGUACUUUUACAUAUUUGUAAAAACAAUUUUUGGUAAAAUGUGAUGAAGAUGGAUUUCACAAAUAGACAAAAAAGAAGAAAACUACCUUCUGAUCUUGUAUUUUGAAAGAUUGAUGUUUGCAUUUUAUUUCAGUAAACAAUUGCUAAAGACAUCAUACUAGAAACAUAUGCAAUGUUUUUAUUACAUACUUCUACUGGACAUUACAGAAUUCUUUGGGUUCUUUGUAAUUUAAUGAAUAGGUCUGAAAACUUAUGACCAAUACUUGUUAUAACUUAGAGGAUUUUGUUUUAUUCCAAAUAAGGAAUGAAUUUGCAUUUAAAAUCUUAAUGAAUGUUUUCAAAACUGAAUAGAUAACAUAGUACUCUAACUAAAGUCUCCAAGUUAUGUAUUAUAAUAUUACAUAGUAGUAUGCUUAGGCUUUACUAUGUAUUAGCCUUUUGUUGGACUGUGUAUGUAUUUUACCAUAUGGGUUUUAAUGAUAAUGGUGUUUGACUGCUUUACAUGAGUCCUUAUGCAUCCGGAUGUUAUAAUAAAGUGGAAUGGUCUCUUAAAAAAAAAAAAAGAAAAGAAAAGAAAAAAGCAAUGACAAAAAAAAAAAAAAGAAAAAAAAAAAAGCCAAGACAAUGUUCCUUGAUUUAAAAAAAGAAAAGAAAAGAAAAAACAAAAGAAAAAACUUAAAAUAGACCAUUCCAGAUGGUGAUCUACCCUUCCCCCCAAUUAUCACAAAAGGAGCUAUAAUCACUAAUUUAUUCUUAAUAAUAAUGGUUACUGGUACCCUUACAAUAAUGUACAAUCCAAUGUUUAAAAAUUAUACCACUUGAGUUUGGUUUGAUCCUAUAAAUUUUCAACAAAUGUCUUAAAAAGCAGGCUGAUUAGUUUGGAACCAGACUACAAGUAGAGCUAACAUUUGGUGAAUAAGAAAACAUCACAUUACAUUUUGGAUGUAUGAAAGAAAACUUGACCAUUUGAAGAUAAAUGAAUAAAGAAAUGUACUAUAGAUACUACUUUAGGAAAACACUGUUUGUAGUCGUGAAAGGUGCCAAAUUGGCAGAGGCUCACGUUUCUUCUCUUUACACCAAACAGCAGAGAGAGAGAUCAUCAUUGCCUGAAUUCCCUUAGCUUUGUGACUGCAAGAGCAAGACCAGUUCCUGUCUGGAGACGACUGUUACAAUAAUAUCAUCCUAUUAUUUCAUGUUCACUCUUUAUCAAUUUGAACAGAUGUUUACAUGUACUAUAAUUAGCAUUUUAUCUCUACAGUUCUCUAAGAGUACAUCUGAGUUCCAAGUGUAUCUGAAUGUGUGCUCUGACCUUAUUCUUAAAUGUUUUCUCCCUGUACUUUAUAGCCAUUUAUUUUUUAAACACCUUAAGAAGGAAUGAAAAAGUUCUCUUGGAUGACAUAUAUUCAGUCUGAGCCAAAUUGAGGAUUGUGUCUAGGAAAUCUGUAAAGCCAUAUACUACUGUGUUCAUUAGCAUGAACAAUUUAAAAUGAAAAUGAAUUAAAAAGUUAAACAUGAGUUUGGUUUUAAUUUGGGGGGGAUCUUAAGAUGUAUUUCUGGGAGUAGGAUAGCCACUUAAAAUAAUUUUGAAUAGAUGAUAAAGUACUUUUUUAUGUACUGUAAUAGCUUGUGCAUUUCUUCUGACUAUACUUUCUGAUGAUGUUGCCAAGGUCAUUUACCCAAAUAUUUUUUUUAAAAAUUCUUAACUCUUCAGAGCCAACAAAGAAAAUAAUUUUCUUCUAAGUGACAAAUGAUAAUCUGUGGAUUACAAGUCUUUUAAAACUUAUUGUAUGUCUUAACAUAAUUUUUUCACAUUUUUUGGACUUUUCAAUCAAGACAUCAAAGAUGACCUUUAAAGCAAGAGGAAAUAGUGUCGUGUGCCUAAAAUUGGUAAAGACUAGUUUUUACCCAUUUUAAGAAGUGUGUGUCCAAAUUAUUUAUAAGCAGUAUGGCUUAAUAUGGCUUAGAAUUACUUAUAAAGAAUAUGAUUAAAUCUCAUCCUAAAUAUGUACCCACAAUAUCCUUUCUAUAAUGGGCACCAUAAGAAAUGUUUUCACUUAGUUUCUGAGUAUUCCUUCAUAGAUUCUCAGGAGGCAUUUAAAAAGUUGAAAGCUGUACUUGGUAGUAGCUAUAUUAGAAAAGUCCAAUUUACACUGAUUUUUAUUCACCCUCGUUUUUAUUUUUAUCCAGUCAUACUACGUUUAUCACUUUUUUUUGGUGCAAAGCUGAAUAUUCAAAUUUUUUUUCCCCUUGAGUAUGCAUUGCAUUUGUCAUGAAAAAUAAAAAGAAUGUAAUAAACACAUCAGUCAUAAUGUAAAUUAUCUGUUUUGAUCCACAUUGGUUGGACACAGCAUGGUUAAUUCUAGGCUUGGUUAAAGAAAAUACAUCAAUUAGAAAGUCUUCUAAUAUUUUAAGGACCUGGUAGCUUACAAGGCGCUUUUUUUUUUUUUUUUUUAAUUGUUAAGACUUUUGGUUCACAUUUGCAAACUAGCCACAGGGUGUUCAUAAAUAUUUUCCCAAAAUAGUUGAGUAUUUUUAAUUUUGAACAAAGAAUUUUCUGCCCUACUACAGUGGCUUACUGCUAGGGUAAAGACCAUUGUCUGAAGACACUAGGUGUUAACAGUGUUGAUGGCUUAAUGGAUAUGGACCACAUGCCACUACCUGCAGCUUUGUCAUCCUGGUGUUUUUGUUUGGUUGGGUUUGGUUUUUCAUUUUUUGCUUUUAAAAUUAAAAACAAAGCAAAACAAAAUUGAAGAUACCGUUGAGAAUCAGAAGUCAAGAUGACUCUCACGAAGAUCACUGCGCUUUUUGAAAAUUGCUGUGAGAUUUAGUCAGUUACAUAUUUAAAAUCCCCAUAUGUUGAUUAAUUAAAGAUAAGGUUUUCAUUAUUUUCCUAAGUAGGAUUCUCAUGGAGCUAUUGUAGAUAACUGUACAGAAUCACUUUUGUGUAAUUGAACGAAGCAGUUUCCUCUGCAUGAUUGCAUAAUGAAAGCCUUUUAUAUAUCUUUAUAUUUUUCAAUAUACUUAGAUUUUACACUAUUAAGCUGCUCUAGUCAUGCUAUAUUUGUUUUUUUUUAAAUAGAGUUUAUAAAUAUUUAUGCUCAAAAUACAGAUCAACUGAAUAUUUUUGGUCUUGUUUACAAGAUAAAUCAUACUUUAAAAUGAUACAGGCCCCUCAAGUGUCUUAGGAAAAAGUUAUUGGUGCUAUAAAACCUUUCAAUAUCAUUUUUGAACCCAUUGUUCAGACUGCUAGGUUUUAAUCUGAUUGCUUGUGAUUUAUGAUAAUGUAGCAGCAGCAUAAUUAUAAAAGUGGUCUCUGAUGUGUGGAUAAAGAGCUCAGCCCAUUAGAAACACAUCGUAAUUUAAGAAUAUGAUGCAGAAUGACCUUACACUUACUUGUGCCCAGCUUCCCAAAAAGAAAAUUGUUUUGUUAAGAGGAAGGCAGUUAAUUUGGCUAGAAUCCAAAAACAUUCAGCAUGGCUGGUUUUCCCUUAUUUCAAAUGAAAAACUUUUAAUACUAAAAUACGUAAUCCUGCUUUGCUUUAAAUUCCCAUAUCCAUCACUCUAGAGGAGGCAUAGUGAUUCUUCAAUAUUCACAGAACAUUUGAUGAGUUGUAAAGAGAUGUAUUAUUGCAUUGUAGGUUUUUGCAUUGAUGUGUCGAGUUUUUUGUUUUGUCCCCAUGAUUUCCUUCCAGCACCUUAAUGAAUGUUCACAUGAUAGAAUGUUUUAAGUAUCAGCAAAGCAUUCAUGGAUGCCUGCUUUUCAUUCUCAGAAGGUUAAACCUGUUUUGGGUGUGAUGCUACUUCAGAACAUAUUGUCUGGCACAAGAUUUCUUCUAAUAAGUGGUUUAUUUUAAUGCAAUGUCUGUGGACUGUUGAAUUGAAAAACACCAAAGGAGUCUUCUUGUUUGGAGACUGGAUUGUUCCAGUUUUAAAUACCUGUGCCCAUAAGUAUCCCAUUUCAUGAAUGUGUGUUGGCAUGGGGAAAAAAUUUCCCUGCUCUUUGAGUGGAGCGAAAGCAAUUGGUUAAGCUGUAGCAGCUUUUUUGUUUAUUUUUUUAAAGUGAUAACUUGAACUGAAAAAAGAUAAAACUUGAACUAGAAAACUACUCUUGUAUGCUUAGAAUGUUUAUAGUAUUAAAUGUUUAUGUGGGGUUGUCAACAUUUUUAUUAUUUAUAGUUGAAUUAUGUUUUGUUAAAUCCAUAUUUAUUAUUUUUAUAUUUUGAAAAUUUUCAAAAUAAAAGUCUUACUAAAAACA